AUUCUUACAAAUCGAGCUGUAUAGUAUUUAUAAAUUCGAACCAUGUAUUAUCGCGUCCAAUUUUGUAUUAAAGAAUUUUUCGGAUUGAUAUUAUUUUUAUUUAUCUUAAGAGUCAAUGCGAAGGACUUGUGUCAGUUAUGUGAAUGUCACACAAAUUCAAUAGAUUGCUCAAAUCGGAAUCUAAACAGAAUUCCUUCACCAUCUAAUGGGAGACUAAUUGGUCAAAAGAAUAGUCUAAAUAUAUCUUACAACCGUAUUGAAGAUUUUGAAAUUCUAGCCUCGAAAUCCUUCUCAAAUAUAACGCAUUUAUCAAUAAAAGGCAACUCAAUUCAAACUAUACCAGAAUCAUUACUCAAGUUGAAACAAAUUCAACAGUUAGACUUAGCAGAGAACUCAUUAAAGCGUUUACCUAUUUUUAACUUUGAACAUUUGGUCUAUUUGAAUCUUAGCCAUAAUCAUAUCCACUUUUUAGACGGAGAGAUUCUUCAGCCUCUACAUGAUCUAGAAAUUCUUGAUCUGAGUUAUAACGAACUUGAAUUCGUAAGUAAGGAUUCAUUUUUAGCUGUCACAGCAGGUUCAAAAUACUUAAAAAGACUAAAGCGUUUAGCACUGAAUAAUAAUAGAAUAAGAACCAUUUUACCGCAAUCUUUCAUGACUCUAAGUGGACUGGAAGCUUUAAAUAUAGCGGGAAAUACUAUUACUGAUAUUAAGUCAAAAACAUUCUAUAAACUGGUUAAUCUUCGCUUUUUGAAUUUGGAUCACAAUGAAAUUGCAAAUUUUUCCCCGGAUGAAUUAAUUAAGAUGGAGAAAUUGAAAUAUUUAUACUUAGGACACAAUAAACUGUCGUCCAUUCCCUCCAAAUUACCUUUAAGUAUUGAAUGGUUAGACAUUUCCCAUAAUACAUUGGAAACUGUUGAUGAAAAAUCUCACAAAGCUGAUCUAUUGCCAAUCGACGUACUUCUACUAUCUCAUAAUCCGUUUCGAUGCGAUUGUAAGAUAUUGUGGUUGAAAGAGUUGUUCGACAGAAGAAAGUGGGCUUUAAAAUACUUAAGUGACUUUGACGCUGCUGAAAUGCUCCCAACAUGUAAAUAUCCUUCGCAUUUGGCCAAGGAGUUCUGGAAUGAUUUGACUGAUAAUGUAUUCGAUUGCGUCUCUUUGAAAGACGAAACAGACAAUGCUAGUCAAGAAAACAAAGAUUUUGAAUUUGUUGAAAGUCCUAUAUUGAAAUUUGGCGUUGCAGAAGUGAAAGAUACCUCAGCAAAAGUCCAUUGGAAGAUGAGCAAAUUGAGAAAGGAUGUUCGUCGAAUAUCAUUAGUCUAUAGACAAUUUGGAUAUAAAGUACAAUUACAGCAGGUUGAGAGCGUAAUGGCUGAUAAGCAGGAAUUCAUAUUAACUGAUCUAUUGCCUUCAAGUAGUUACGUUGUUUGUGCAAUCGAUUCCCAAUUGGAAUGGAACGACGCAAGGGAAACGGACAAACAGUGCGUCGAAUUAACAACAACAUCAUUACGUUUACGCCAUCCUUUCCAAGCAGUCAUAGAAUUUGCGACAAGGUCAUUUUUCGCUUUUGCUUUCUUCUUUGCCGUUCUAUUCGUUAGUGCUAUUUUGAUAAUGUUAGUUUUUGGUGGUAAAGAUUCAAAACAUCACGACGAUUAAAAUAAACACACGUAAACAGUUAACAUUUAAUAUUAAAAAAACAUAGUUGAACUAUAUACUCUAUGUUAUUUGCUUCGUUACUUGUCUGUCAACAAUUAGAAAUACAAAACAAUUACAAAAAUAUGAUAUUUAUCAAUGGAACAAUUGUAUUACGCUGUGUUCUCUGUUUAAAAAAUAUAUAUUCAUAGGAACGGAAAGUAUGCUAGUGGGUCUUGGAAAAAAAUAUUGAUUACCUACAACUGAAAUGUACAAAAAGAGAGAGAGGCAGGGAGAAGGAAUUUUAAUUAAUUUUUUUGUAAGCGUGUUCGACAUCGCAAAUGAUAAAUCAUCGUUAUGCAUAUUUCUUUGAAUCUCGUAACAAUAGAUAUUCAUGCUUAUAUACAAUUUAAUAUGAACUACAAUAUCUAUUAGUAUUUAUAUCUGUAAAUUAUAUAACAUGUAUAGUUUAUAUAGAAUUUCUUAAUACUGUCUUAUUAUUAUUAUUCUGUUUUAACACUAGUUAACUUUUUGUCGUUAUCUCUAACUUCCAUGUUCUUUCCUUUUAAAAGAAUAUAACUAUUUUAUGCAUGAUUUAAUAUUAUAGAUGAAUACGUAUAACCUAUUCAUUGAAAGUAUAAGUGGGUCACAUUAUAA